AUGGGGCCUGGAGUCGGAGCCAGGAGCCACGUCCGCAGUGUGAGGCAGGGCCGCGGCCGGACCGGUCAGCGCCUCCCGGGACCCGGCGCGGCCUCCCGCAGCCCCAGCCUUCACCCCGCCCCUCCGGCCCCGGUCUCGCCCACCUGCACCGCCCCGGCCCCGCUGGGCGCCCCCGCCCCGGAGGCUCCGCGGCCCCGAUCCGCUUCGGCCCGGACGCGCCGGAAGCAGCGUCAGGAUCCGCGCGGGGGACGCCGGGAGACGGAACCGGAAGUGACGUCAGAUGUGGCGCCCCGGGCGGAAGUGCCUCGGGAGCGGGGGGGCGUGUCCGUCCUUCCCGGAAGUGCGGCGCGGCGCGGCAUGGAGGCGGCGGCGGCUGAGCAGCAACAGCAGCUCCGCAGCCUGCGGGACUUCCUGCUGGUGUACAACCGCAUGACCGAGCUCUGCUUCCGCCGCUGCGUCUCCGAUCUCGGUUACCGGCUGCUGUCGCAGCGCGAGGAGCGAUGCCUGGACGGCUGCGCCGGGAAGUUGAUCCGUGCCAACCACCGCCUGAUGGGCGCCUACGUGGCCCUCAUGCCCAGCAUCGUGCAGCGCCGCGCCGCCCGCCUGGAGGACGGCACAGAGCGGACGGCACCGGACGAAGCCGAAGCUGCCCGCGCGGCUCCUGACAGUUCUGCCGCGGGGCCCUCGGGCACGUAGCGGGGCCGCGAGUCUGGUGUGCCUCCGUGGCUGUGAGGUGGCUGCAGGACGGCCCGGGCUCGGCACGGCUGCUGGCGGCUCGGCGGGGCCCCCUAAUGGCGGCCUCGGUGUGGAGCGGCGGAACUGCUCAGCACCACAGCCGGGCCGCGCGGAGCCCAGUUCUCCUCUGCGUCUGCGCCGGCAGCCAGGCCUACCCACCCUGGUGGCCUCAGCCAGCGACAGUCUGCCAGCACUGCAGGUAGAGAGAAGGGAAUCCGUAGCAGCUGCUGCUCUGGCCAGGAGCUCCCGGCUGAAUUCUCUAUUGCUCCAGCGCCGGGCUCUCGCUCUCCAAAACUGAGUCUUUUGUAUUUGUAGGACACCAUUUCAUGGGGCUAAUAAAACAUUUCAUGUGUGUUGUGCUGUUA